AUGUUCGAACCUGGCGAACUUGGUAGUGAAAGAACCCCGACACCGAACGACGAAGUCUUUGACACAACAAAGGUGUCAAGACCGAACAGUGCGGACGGAUUCUUCACAACACCGGUGAAGUCCAACCAGGACGACCUCACCUACCAGGCCAGUACACUCGAAUAUACGGCCGAGAAGUGGAUAGCGGCAACACCGCCCGAAAGGAUCGUAGACGUUGACCUACUCCGCUCGAGAUGCCGUAGACUGAUCACUCAGAUCGCUUUGGCAGACAGAAUUAUCGACUCGGCGGGAAAAUCACUCCGGAACUCGGAAGAUACCCAUCGGCUCGAACGAAGCAAAUGGGAACGCGAAAUGGCCGACGCCAACAAAGGCAUCGCCAUCCAACAACGGGAGAUCGAUCGGCUCAAUGCCAUACUGAAGCGUACCGACCAACCGUGUCGGCAUGACAUCGACGAAGCCACUACACUCAAGGGCAUGUUGGAUCGAUCCAUGGAUGCGGUUCACGAGCUGAACCGAGAACUAGCCGAAGCGAACAAAGCGCUCGAAGAGGCCCAAAAAGACCUGGCCGAUGUACAGACCGCACUGGUCGAGUCGGAGCAGGCAGCCGGAGCAUAUGUGGUGGAACUGAAGAAGGCCGACGACGAGAUCGACCGCCUAACACACAGAGUCGACGAGCUCGAGGCGGAAAUCGAACUUGCCUUCACCAGAAUGGGACGACGGUUCAUCGACGCGAACGCUCGGGACAUGGGCUUUCCUAACGAAAGGACCGCCGAUGUCGACCUGAAACUCCGAGCUCAACUUGAGUACAACUUGAACGAGGCCCAAAAGGUAAACGAGGCGCAACACAGUCGCAUCCUUUACCUGGAGGCCCGUGAAGUCGAACUGUACGACUUCGGCGAACAGGCCGCCCGCAAUCUCACAGAUAUGAUGCGGCAAAUGGACGAAAUGGACAUCGAAACAAGAUGUCUGAGGGAAGAAAAGAAACACCUGGAACAAAGCCAGGUCGAACUUCCCCCAUACCAAGAACAUAGUCGGGUCGAACCGCCCUCAUACCGGACGUCCAUGGCACAGGAGCAACACCCGUCACGAACAAUAAGUGACAUCCUGUGGGGAAUUAACCCGACCCAGGAAAUGGCGCCGAGACAAAAUCGAGCGCCUCCACCACAACAGUAUGAAGGACAGCCGCAACAGCCUCGUCACGCAGACCAGGCUCAGGCUCGACAUCCGCAACAGGACGGAUACGAAGGCCAGGACGACGAUGCCUACCAACAGGAGGCGUACGAAGACCAACAAGGUCACAUGCCAUACGUCAAUCCACCACCCGCCCCGGCUGCACAACAAGCUGCGCCGGCGGCACAACCAAAUCCCCUGGAACAGAACCCAGCACACGUUGCUUUG